CCUUGUUUGACGCAGGCGCACAUAAAAUCUUUUCAGAUGUCAACUGCACCGAAGAAAUAACGGACAAACAUUUAGCGAGAUCCCGUUAUCGUAGGGAAGUAGCCUUCCAAUUCUUUGACCAAAAGCGUCUGUAGCUUGAAUAAAGUAAUGAGGUAGAUAGUCGGACAACUUAUAACACGUACCUUGAUUACAAUAGACUGACACUGCCACAGUGAAAAUGGACCAGGAGUUUGAAGACAUAGAUUCAGAGGGCCGGUGGCAAAAACUGUACCUAGAAAUAAGGAACCAGUCCCACGAGUGCUCCUACAAAGUGGCAAAGUAUCCAGAGAAUCGCAACAGAAACAGAUACAGAGAUGUCAGUCCAUUUGAUCACAGUCGUGUGAAGUUGGAGAACACAGAAAAUGACUACAUCAAUGCAAGUCUGGUAGUCAUGGAGGAAGCCCAGAGAAGUUACAUAUUGACUCAGGGCCCCCUCAGGAACACCUGCGGCCACUUUUGGCUCAUGAUCUGGGAGCAAAAGACCAAGGCAGUCAUCAUGCUCAACCGGAUCAUCGAGAAAGGCUCAGAAAAGUGUGCCCAGUACUGGCCCACAACUGAGGAGAGGGAGAUGGCCUUCAGAGACACGCGUUUCUUGGUCACGCUGUUGUCAGAAGAUAUCAAGUCUUACUACACCACCAGAGUGUUGGAGCUGCAGAACAUUAGUACAGGAGAGAAGAGAGAGAUCUACCACUUUCAUUACACCACAUGGCCUGACUUUGGUGUCCCAGAGUCCCCGGCAUCCUUCCUAAACUUCCUGUUCAAAGUACGGGAGUCGGGAGCGUUGGGUGUGGAUCACGGGCCGGCCGUGGUGCACUGCAGUGCUGGAAUCGGACGAUCGGGGACGUUUUCUUUAGUUGACACGUGUGUGGUCCUGAUGGACAAGAGGAAAGACCCCUCGUCAGUGGACAUCAAAAGCAUCCUGCUGGACAUGAGGAAGUACCGUAUGGGCCUGAUCCAGACCCCUGACCAGCUGCGCUUCUCCUACAUGGCUGUCCUUGAAGGGGCCAAGUACAUUAGGGGGGACCCCUCAGUACAGAACUGGCUGAGGGAGUUGUCCAGGGAAGAUCAGGAACCGACAUCGCAGUCUCCCCCCUCGACUCCGCCUCAGGCCAGGUGUCAAACAGAUCGAUGCAAUGGCAGCCAACGGGGGGGUCAGCUGGAGGAGGGAGGAGACUACAGACAAGACGGAAAAGUACCCACGCAGUCUCCCUGCAAGGAACAGGAGCUGGACGGCAGCACGACACACAAACGACGCAGAGAAGACAGCAUCUCCAAAUCAGGCACAGCCAAGACUCCCCAAAGCAAAACCAGGACAAAUGACUCAGAGAAGAAGAGAAAAAGGGCGAAAACCAGUGACUGCUAACCACCUCCACCAGGAACUGACAGCUCGGGCAUCAAAGCCAACAUCGGCAGGGAACUCCAGUUCUCCCAAUCCUCCGUGUCCUUCUUCCUCAGCUCCAAACCACUUCCUCUACACCUCCAGCUCAUCAGCCAGCUCUCCUCUUUUCUUCUUCAUUGCUUUUUUUUUUUUUUUUGUCCCAGCCUGGCAGCAUUUUUCAGCCUCCACACUUCAUUUCCUCCCUCUUCUUCUUCUUUCCAUUAGCAGUAUGUCACUCCCACGUACGCCUCGGUCCUCCAGCUCACAGCCUUCCCAGGUCUCUUCAUCCUCUCCGACUGUUUACAGCAGACACUUUGACAUUCUUUGAAGAGAGCACAUAUGAGAAGAGAAACACACCAGCGUUUUGGGUCACACCUCAACCACAGCCUGCGCUGCUUCUGGAGUCAAAGAAUCACAUGUUUGUUUUGUUUUUGUUGCUGUUUUUGUUUUUUUGCUUUAAUAAUAUUAUUAUUUGCAGCUUUGUCAAUCCAUUAUGCUUCUUUGCAUCUGUGUCGUCAAGACUGAUAAUAGGGGCUAUGCAUUGCCAAUUUCUAAGGCUGUUUAUAUGUGUAUUUUUAGAAAACCUUUUUUCAGAGGGGUAAAUAAAAAAUGUUCUAUUUUUUAUAAGAUAUUACUUGAAGUUUUUCACAGCAAUGGAGGGGGUGGGGGGUUGGUUAAAUGAAAAGCACUGCCUCCCCCCACAUGAGAAAUUCAGUGGCAUGUAAUGUUUCCACGAUGUACAGUGUUCUUUUUAAAAACGUGUGUGUAAAAACAAAACAAAACAAAAAAAAAAACAAACAAAAAAACAGACAAACAUAUUUUUGAUUCUAAAACCAAAAAAAAACCCUAAACGAGGAACGACAAUGUUACAGAUUUGAAUGCAGUAGAAAAGAUGAUUUGAUGACUUGUUCUCCUUUUGAAAUGAAUUUGUCUUAAGUUUCUCUUUCUCUUAGAGUGUACAAAUAAAACUGGUAUUAUCUAGUUUACACAA